AAUGUUAGAAACGAAAACGGUAAAAGCAACGCCACAAAAACGCUGAAAUUAAUGUUAUUAAACAUCAAAGUAACGGAAGAACCAUUGCAAAUACAACGAAGAAACUACAAAAAUGACGAAAAAGAUGAUAGUAAAAAAAACAUUAGCUAG